AAAAAAGUCGCGAGGCCAGUUUGCUCGGAGGCUUCGCGAGUUGAUACCCUAAAUGCCUUUUGAGAGGAGGGGAGCUUCCCCAGUUUAGCACGAUGGAGAGCCUUACUGCUUUGGAAGAGGAUCUUUUUCCGGAUUUAUAUCCCAUCGUGGAGGAAAACAAGGAAGAAGAAACAGAUACCUUGGAAGAACUUGAGCAAGACGUGGAAGGACUUGAAGAAGAUGAGGUGGAAGCCCCCCCAGCUGAAGAAGAGUCUUUGGAAGGAGCCGAAGAGGCUACGGAAAUUAGCAAGAAAAGUUCGGAAGAGUUCCCCGUGCCGAGCCAAGGGCGGACCAUGAACUACACCGAUCGGGUUCGUGUCCUCAACUUGCGUCGAAACCUGAAUCAGCUUGACAGUCUCACCAAACAAAAAGAGCUUCUCAUUCAAAAAACAAGAGAAGAGUUGGCGACUUGCCGUGCUCGGCUGGACCUGCUCACCAGCCAGCAAAAAGACGUGGAGGAAGACAUUGAGAACGAGAAGAAGGAGGGGAACACCACGGCCGUGUUCCGCCUUCAGGCAUUGCAUCGGCGCCUGUGUGCUGAACUGGGAAAUGAAAAGGACCUUGAAUCCAAAAUCAGCACAGUCCUAAAUGAAAACGUGUUUGAAAUGUGGAAGAUUGAAAUAGAAGAAGGGAAUUUUGACAAACUUCGCAAGCAGCUCAAGGUAGACGAGGCAGAGCUGGACCAGCAGCGCCGUGACCAGGCGGAGGAAAGGCUCCAGAAACAGGAUGAGAUGGCCCAGCUCUUGAGCCAGAGGUGGCAGAACACGGAAAGAAAAAUCCAGGUAGCUAGCAAGGCUUAUGAAGAAAACCUGGCCAAAGUGCUGGAAGAGUCUCAGAGGAACCACGCAAAGGCCGUCCGGUUCCUGAAGGAGAGUUUAGGAAAGGUUCGCGAGAAGGAAUUGGCGGAGGAACAGAACCGCCAGGAACAUUUGCAAAAAAGGAUGGAAACGGUUUUGUCUCUGAAGAACAGCAUCAGUUUGAACCGGGAAAAUCUCCGAACCCGUCAAGUCCUGGGCAAAUUGAUUGCACUUGAUGCUGAAGAGCAAGACCAGAAAAUAAGGGAAGCCAUUUUGGCUAAAGGACACAAUGUGACCCGGGAGUUUUUUUGCCAGAAGCGACAAAUCGAGUUUGAAAAGCGGAAAAAGGAGUUUCUGGAACAACAGAAAGCAAGAAAAAUUGAAAUAGUCGCUCGGAUAUUGAAAGAAGAAGGCCAGGUGGAGAAAAUGAAAGCACAGUCUCGUCUCCAGGAAUCUAAAGACCCGGACAAACUCUCCGACGCUGUUAAGUGGCGCAUGAAAACAUGGCGUUACAUUGAGGAAACGUGUAGCGAUAAGGUGGCACCUGUCACUCAGAAACCUCGGCGCAGCCCUUCCAUUUCCCCCUCGCUGGAUGACAGAAGCUUUACCGCCUCUUGUGAGCCCAUCCCCGAAAGCAAAACCGAAGGCGAAGAGGAAGAUGCGGAUAAUGUUCUUGCGGAGCCAGAAUUUGUUGGGAUUUGGGACCAAGAAUAUAACUCAUUGCAGGAACUGGAUGACAAAAUUGAUUCCAAACCUCUCGGCGUGUCGAAACUUGAAAAGGACAUUUUUACCCGGAACUUGGAGAAGCUCCAUGCUGGAAUCAUUCGCAAACACCGUGUUUGUGGGCGAGAGUUUAAAGGGUGUCCGUUUUACAGCAAGCCAAGCCUCAUUCAUUUCAAGGACUUUGAUGUCGGAAAAACCUAUAAAAAGAAGGUGACUCUGAUCAAUGCCUUCUACAGUAUCAACUACUGCAAGUUGGAUGGCGUCAGCGAACAUUUGAAAGAUUUUUUCACUGUGCUCUUUGAUCCCCCGGGUCCGAUGUCUUCAGGAAUGUCUUGUGAAGUUGGGGUGACCUUUAAACCUAUGAUAAAUGAAGAUCUUGAAGGAGAAGUCACCUUUUUAUCCCAGACUGGAUCCUUUUCCAUCCCCCUGAAGUGCUCGACCAAGAAAUGCGUGCUGUCCCUAGAUAAAGAGCUCAUACAUUUUGGCAUGCAUGUGGUUGGGGAGACCAUUUCACGGACCAUCACCUUGAUGAAUGACGGGGCCUUGGGGACACGGUUCCAGCUCCGAAAAUUAGGUGACACCAAGGCUCCGCACACAACGCCACCUUCCACCGAGAAGCCGGUCAACCCUGCUACGGGUGAAUUAUUCAGCACGGAGAAAAGCAGCUACAGUAUAGGAACUGACGCCGUGUCUCUGUCCCAUUCGGAAGAAGUUACUCCAAACACUGCCCUGUUGGAGAAGCUACAUAGUGAUGCCAUUGUGACCACCACAAAUGAGCCGCAGGCAGCCUCUGAGACGGACAUUGCUGGAGAAAUCCCGCCCGUUUCUCCAGAUGCCAGUCCCCUGGAAGACCCCCCGGAAGAGAUCUGCGAAUUAAAAUUGGGCAAGGUAACUGAGGGUGAUAUUGGGCCUUUCAGCUCUGUCAAACUUCAGAUUAUUUUCACACCUGUGGUUCCCGGGACCGUCCAGGCUGACUUGGAGAUUAUCUUUGAGAACCCAGAUUGCAAACCAUUGCAGAUUGGGGUCGUUGCCGUCUCAAUGGCCGUGCCGGUCCGGGUGUGCAAUCCCACAGUUGACCUGAAAAUCUGCAUGUAUGAUCGACUUUACCAGGACUGCAUCGUGGUCCAGAGCAGAGCGACCAGCGCCUUGCGCCUGAAGUUUGAAGUUUGCAAGGAGCUGGCUAGCUACGUGGAGCUGCUGCCCAAAACGGGCUAUAUCCAAGCCCAGUCUUCCUUCAGCGUCCAGUUGAAAUUCCUUCCAAGAAUCUCCCUUUCAAAAGAUGCCAAGAAGUACUUUGACGAGAGGACGCGAGUUCUGGAAGCGCCCAUGACUAUCAUUGUUUCCGAACAGAGCAAGCCCGUUGAAUUCACCAUGCACGCCAUCCUCACCACUUCGGAUUUAGAGAUCAGCCCAGCCGAAGUGGAUUUUGGAUACUGCUCUAUCUACGAAGCUGUUCGGACAACAAUCACACUCACCAACAAAGCAAUUCUCCCGCAGGAGUUUGGCUUCGUCGAGCUGCCCAAGUUUGUAGAGGUUCAGCCCAAUGAUGGGUUUGGAAUACUCCUGCCUCUGGAAAGCUUGAGCCUGGAUGUCAUCUUCAAAGCCAAGAAAGCUAAAAUUUACAGUUUUGAACUGAUUUGCAAGACCGAGAUCAACAGGGAGUUCAAGCUGUCCUGCAAGGCUGUCGGCGUCCACCCGCCCCUUGUGCUUUCCCACUCCUUCGUCCAGUUUCCGGCCACGGCUCUGGACGACGUGUCGGCCGCCACCCUCUUCGUCAUCAACCCUCAUGAGAGGAUCAGCCACUUCACUCACACCAUGCCGCGAAUCGGCGAGGGGGAAAUCGCCCCGGUUGGACCCACUUCCUUCCAGUUCCUCGUGCCCGAAGACUCUCCCAUCAUCAUCAUCCCAUGCGUGGGGACUGUCCAGCCUGGGAAGAAAUGCCUGCUUGAUGUCUCCUUCCACCCAGCACUGCCCGACCAAUUGAUCAGGGAAGAGGCAGUCAACAUAUCGUGUCAGAAUGCCGAAAUCAAAGCUCAGAUGGAGAAAAGAGCCCGAGAAUUGGAAAUACAGAGGAAGAAGGAGGAGGCGGCCAUGUUGGGAUGGAAAGAUGGGAAGAGGACAACCAGCAUCUCCUUCCUGGCUGAGCCCUCCAAGGACAAGAGCCCCGUCAAGCCCUUCGAAGCCCCCAACCCGGAAGACAUCUCCACAGACUCCGAAGAGUACAUUGCGGCCCAUUUGAACCUAGCCCGCAGCUACUCCAGCCGUUUUGAUAAGUACAUCAUACCCUGCCUCGUGGCGAGCGGAGACAUCGACGAGAAGAGAGGGGCCGAAAACAUGAACUUCAGUCCUUACAAUACUUUGUACUUGGAGCUGCAUUGUCCGUCUGUCGCCCCUGUCGUGGUGGUAACUUCGAACAACGGGAGAACUUUUUUCAACUUUGGGGACAUUGCAGUCGGGCAUAGAAUCAAGAAAGAAGUGGAGAUCCAGAAUAUAUCCAAGGAACACUUGGUGCUGGGAUAUUCCCUACUUGAUCCCUUCGGACCCUUUCUGCUGGCCAAUCCGAUUUGUUCACUUGGAGAAGGGGAAUCCCGGGAGCUAGUCCUUUCCUUCUGUCCGGAGGAGAGUAAAUCGUAUUUUGAAAUCCUGGAGAUACGAACUGACAAAGCCACCCUGACGCUCACACUGACCGGCCGAGGAGUCAUCACGUCCAUUGCGUGUUCGCUGGAAGAAGAUGUGUUGAAUAUGGGCUAUGUAGUCUCCAAGGAAACCACCACCUCUGUCUUCAAGAUCGAGAACAUCUCUCCUUUGGCCUUGAAAUAUUCGAUCGUCUUGGAUUCUCUUUCUCCGGAUAGAUAUCGAGAGCUGCAGACUUUCCCCCCAUUCCUUAAUAUUCCAAGAGAAACGCAUGUCGUUGGUACACAAAAUUACAGCGGCCUCAGCGUCUUCAGUAUCUUCCCAAUGCAGGGCUUCAUCGGGGUUGGAAAGUCUCAAGAGUUCACCGUCACCUUCAGCCCGGACCACGAAAGCUUGUAUUAUUCCGACCGCAUCCAAAUUUUGCUUUUUGACAAGGAGAUUAUCCGGGUGAUCCAGCUGAAGGGGGCAGCGAGGAACCACAUCAUGUACGUGGAAGGUGGCGAGCCGUUGGACGUGCCCUUUGAAUCGCUGGCUGUGCUAACCUCCAUCAGCGAAGAGGCCUCCAAAGCAGAAGCUGAGAAAGCUACCAACUCCAUCCUGGUCAGCCUGGUGUGUGUCCAGUCGGAGACUAUGGUUAUCCCAGCAGUGCGGGAGUUGAAAGUCGGAGCCAUUCGGACCGCUCAGUUUGCAUCAAAGAAGAAUGUGGAAUUCACCUGGGAAAGUCUGCAGCUUUUGCAGCUGAAAGGAUUCAGCGUGGAUCCCGUCAAAGGCAUGGUGGAACGUGGCCAGACCAAAUCCAUCAUUGUUUCUUGGGUUCCCCCUGCUGGCUCAGAUCCCAAUCAACCUAUAACUGGAUCGGCCACACUGAUCGUGAAAGGUGACGUCAAGGAAGUUUACGGCGUCUAUUUCAUGGGCCGGAUCGUGACCAAAGAAACUCCAAGUUGAAAAUCUUGCCGAGAGGAAGGUCCACCAGUGCAUCUGAGGCCAUUAUGAAAAAAGCCAUCUGGAACAUGGGAGGUUUUAACCCCAAACAGAAUUCCGGUUUUAUACCUCUCUAGAACGCUUUGAGGCCAAACGGUAUCUGUUGCUCCCUUUUCUUCCCCCCGAACAUGCAGAGAAGGCUUCCAGCCGGACUGGAGAAAUUGUUUUUCCGUUCAUUCAUUUCUGUUUCUUGAUCUUGUCGGUAAAUAAAAUUGGCCCCCUUAGCCUGCUUGAAUUUGUUAUCUUUGGGGUUGAGAAUGGGCUGAAAGGAGGAGAAACGGCUUAGACGAUCUUGCUUUUGUGUCUGUGUGUGUAUAAUAUGGGCGAUCUGAAUUACAGAUCAUACCGUCCUGAAUCCUAGUUGGUUUCAUAAAGGAAUAUUUCUCAACUUUUUCAGCUUUAAGGCGGAUGGACUUCAAAUCCCAGAAUUCCCCAGCCACCGUUCUGAGAGUUGUAGUCCGGCCAUCUUAAACUUGACAAAGCUGAGAAACACAUUGCCGUAGAUCAUGGGUUUGGAAACCACGUUGGCUGCUUUUCGUCAGGAUGCAGAAUCGUGUGGGAACCAACCGCGUACUCCAGCAGAAACAGCCUUGUGCAUUGCUUUGUGACAAGAGUUCCUUUCUUCCAAUUGUUCCAGGCCUUUUGCAGACAGAUGUCCAUCAUACCAAAAGCAACUAACGAUUGUUUAACUUUGCUGGCUGGUCUGCUCGGACAUUUCAUCCCUGAGACUGGACCAAUGAGAUUAGCUCCAGGGAAUAAUUGCAGACUUUGGAUGAGGCUAUAAAAGAUCCAAAUUAUAUAGCUGGAACAGCCUCUACCGUCAGUGACAUGGGUUCCGCAUACAAAUAGCUCCGGCAGGCUGUUAUGACAAUUAAUAAGCAAAAUGUGCUUUUUUUAAAAAAAAAUGCAAAGAUUUGCAGACAUUCUUAGUCAUAACCAGCCCACUUGAGCCCAGCCAACUCCUUUGCUCAUAUAGGUAGAUGUCCUUUAGAUAUUUUCAGAUUUGAAUAAAUUCUUAGGUGACCAUGACUGGGCUAAAAAGGUUGUACGUGUUACAUAAAACCCGAUAAAUUGUUGCUAGGUCACAUUAAGCAAACAAAAGUUGUGUCGAAAUCCAUCCGGCAGUCUCAAAGGUUCUCCUCCCCUCUUAAAGAGGUUUCUGUUUUUCUUUCCUCUUCUUGAGAUGCUCGAGAACCUUUUUUUUUCUUUCAUCUUUCUCUUGUAGUGUCUUUCAGCUUCCUCCCUCCCUGUAGGGUGAUUGAGGAUGACACUCUGAAAAAGCUGUCACAACGAUUUGAGACCUUCCUUUGAUUUUUUGAGCAGGGCAGUACGGAGGCCACAUGGCAGUUUUGUGCUAUCGUCUUCUACAGAUCUCCAAGCACAGAAGACUCCUAAUCUUUUUUUUUUCAGGUGCACAUUCCGGGCUAUUUUGCAGAAGAAGGAAACUGCAAAGGGGGUCAAGCUACUCUCCACCCGAAGGUGGAGCGAGAAGCAAUGGAUAGAAACUAACCAAGGAGAGAAGCGACCUAGAACGAAGGAGAAACUUCCUGACAGCGAGGACAAUUAAUCAGUGGAACAACCUGCCUCCAGAAGUUGAGCGAAUGAAACGGGAGAGGAAUAAUCCAUUUCAGUCAUCUGCCAAAGAUAUCUGGACAUGCUUUGCCCUCGGUUGCUCAGGAGGAUUGUAAUUGCCCAUUGAAA